AUGUAUAUGGAAGAGAAACCAUAUAAACGCAGAAAGUGUGGCAAAUCUUUUAAAUGGCUGACAUGUAUUGAAGAGCAUCACAGUAUCCACUCUGGAGAGAAACAUUACAAAUAUAUGGAAUGUGACAAAUCUAUCACAUUUGUGUCAAGUUUUAGAAGACAUCAGAAAAUUCAUACUGGAGAGAAACCCUCCAAAUGCCAAAAGCAUGGCAAGUCCUUUAAGUCAGGGUCAGAUAUUACAGACCAUCACAGGAUCCAUUUUUGUGUGAAACAUUACAAAUGUAGGGAAUGUAACAAAUCCUUUGUCUUUUGCUCAUAUUUUAAGUCACAUCAGAGAAUUCAUACUGGAGAGAAACCCUACAGAUGUAAGGAAUGUGACAAAUCCUUUGCUUGGUUCUGCAGCCUUAAGUCACAGAAGAGAAUUCAUAGUGAAGAGAAACCUUACAAAUGUAAAGAGUGCAAGUCCUUUAAGUGGUUGUCAAAUAUUGAAAAGCAUCACAGAGUCCAUAUUGGAGAGAACCUUUACUAA